AAUGGCGUUCCGGCUUCCUCUUCGUCGCGCUCUUUCCACGGCGGCCGCUCCCCGCUCUUUUCUCAAAAUUGGCCUCGUACCUGCAGAUGGCAUUGGACGUGAAGUCAUUCCCGCCGCUCGCCAGGCUAUCGAGGCCCUUGGCUCGGACAUCCCCAAGCCAGAAUUCGUAGAUUUGCUCGCAGGUUUCGAGCUUUUCACACGGACAGGGACAGCUUUGCCAGAAGAAACCGUUGCGGCUUUGAAGAACUGCGACUGUGCUCUCUUUGGUGCUGUGAGCUCACCGUCUCGUCGUGUCACUGGCUACUCUUCCCCCAUCGUGGCACUUCGCAAAAUCCUUGACCUCUAUGCUAACAUCCGUCCAGUGGUUUCUGUUGCUCCUACGGCGGAAGAGAAGCCCAACGUCGACCUCAUUGUUGUUCGCGAAAAUACUGAAUGCUUGUAUGUCAAGCAGGAGCAGAUCACACUCACAGAAAAUGGUCGUGAAGCUCGUGCAACUCGCCUCAUCACCGAGCGUGCAUCAAGACGUAUCGGGAAAAUGGCCUUCGAGCUUGCCAGAGCAAGACCUCGCAAGCACGUCACAAUCAUUCAUAAGUCCAACGUACUCAGCAUAACGGAUGGUCUCUUCCGUGAGACCGUCCGCUCCGUUCCAGGCUUGAACGAGGGCAAGUACGAUGAUGUUGAGGUUGCCGAACAGCUUGUCGACAGCGCAGUCUACCGCCUCUUCCGCGAGCCGCACAUCUACGACGUCAUGGUCGCACCCAACCUCUAUGGUGACAUCCUCUCCGACGCUGCAGCCGCUCUGGUAGGCUCGCUCGGCCUUGUACCAUCCGUCAAUGCCGGCGACAGCUUUGUUAUGGGUGAGCCCGUGCAUGGCUCUGCGCCUGAUAUCGCGGGUCAGGGCAUCGCAAACCCUGUCGCAUCGAUCCGCUCGGCUGCGCUCAUGUUGAGGCAUCUUGGCUACAGCGCGCCGGCAGACCGUCUCGACAAGGCUGUCGAUGAGGUCAUCCGCGAAGGGCAGGUGUUGACACCGGACCUCGGGGGCAAGAGCAAAACGCAGGAUGUCGUGGAUGCGAUUCUCAAGAGAAUUUGAGUCCACACAUUCCUGCGGGCGCUACGUUAGGAAUGAACGUGUCUUGUCAACGCACGUCCUUUCGGUCGAAAAACAGCCGCAUACAAUUGAAUUACUUAUCGCGACCUGCGGUGUUAGCAAUGUUUUCGCCUGUUUUCACUCACAACGUAGAUCCCGGGCCGCCAGUCAGGGCUCUCCGUGAUUUUUUUUGGAGUUUGUGCGCUCCCCAUACUCACGACUAAGCUUGUAGUAUCAAAUAAGUCGAUUCAUUGGUUUGUAGCCCCUUCUGAUUUAAUCCUUCUUGAAUAUCGGGCGCUCUGACGCGGAUCAACGCCACGAAGCUCUUCAGGACACCCGCACCACUCAAACAAUGCUUGCAUCAACUUGACAUGGUAACCGAUGACAGUCAACCCCGAUCGGCCAGGAGACUCCGCCGUACUCCAACGCGGAAGGACCGCUACCAACGUCGUUUACAGGGUACGUGACCAUCGCCCAGAUCGCGUAGGUUGAGUCAGACUGGUACUCGAUGUUCGGGAGGGUGGUGUUGAAAUAGACGUCCUUGGUACCGUCGGUCGGGAACGUGAAUCUCUGGAGCAGAUACUGGGGCUCGCGGUUCCCGUUGGAGAAGGUGCCUUGGAUGUAGGCGUCGUAGUAAACGGGCUGGUGGCGCGCGAGCGUCGAGUUAUAGUGAACAGUGAACGUCUGACGGAUAGCUCGAUUAGCAUUCGAACGGAGGCUUUGGGAGUAUGCCUCCUGAGCAACAGUGGCGCCUGCAAGGGCAAAGGCUGACACGGCGAGAGCAAGGAGCUGCAUUGUUAAUGCAAAAGCCACUGGCCUUUAUAUAUCUUCCGGACGUGCGGAGUUCGGACUCGCAGAAGCGGCCCAGCCGUUGUAGGGCUUGGCUGCCCGCGCCGCCGCGCGUACUGAUUGGUUGCAAGCCUCGCCGCUAGAGAAUCCUUUUAAUCGAAUCCCGCAUUUC